AUGGGAAGACCACCUUGCUGUGACAAAGUUGGGAUCAAGAAAGGUCCAUGGACCCCUGAAGAAGACAUCAUCCUCGUCUCCUACAUCCAAGAACAUGGCCCUGGCAACUGGAGAUCAGUUCCCACCAACACUGGGUUGCUGCGAUGCAGCAAAAGUUGCAGGCUGAGAUGGACAAACUACUUGAGGCCAGGGAUCAGGAGGGGCAACUUCACAUCUCAUGAAGAAGGGAUGAUUGUUCACUUGCAGGCUUUAUUGGGUAACAAAUGGGCAGCCAUAGCUUCAUAUCUUCCACAGAGAACAGACAAUGACAUCAAGAACUACUGGAACACCCACUUGAAGAAGAAGCUCAAGAACAAACUGCAGUCAACCUCGCCAUCACCAUCUUCAGCUCCAUCCAGCGAGGUACAGCAUGUGGAUUCAUCACCAUUCAUGAGUUUCAACACCAUUACAGCAACAACAACCACCACCACAGCUCCACUGCCAUCAGCAGUAGCCACCUCAUCUUCCUCCUCCACCACCACCACGACCAGCUACGCUUCCAGCACCGAGAACAUAUCGAGGCUGCUGGAAGGGUGGAUGAAAGCCUCCAACGGAGGAGGCUCGAGGCUGGCUGCUGCUGUAGAGAGUCCUCACAAUUACCUCUCAAAGCUCAGCAUCAACAACAACAGCAUGGCUGAUUUUGGAAACGGAUUCACAACUGGUGGUAAUGUUCUCACCACUGCUAAACCACCAAAGGUUGAGGUGGAUCAGCAGCAGCAAGACAGUGAUCAUGGUGAUCAUGAUCAUGAUGAUAUGGAUCUGAUUGGCAAUGAUGAAGAGUUGGAGUCCAUGUUGGGGUUUGAGGAUUUGAAUGGUGAUCAAAGCAACCACAUCAGCAGCAGUAAUAAUAAUGAUGAUGAUGGUGAGAUGAAAGAGAAGUACAGCAGAAAAGUGGACCAUGAGAAAAUGAAGCAGCAGCAGCAGGGCAAUCCUCCAUUAUCUUUCCUUGAGAAGUGGCUAGUGGAAGGAGGAGGAGAUAUGGAAAUGUCCUCCAUUUUCUGAUAUGCAUUGCUCUCUUGACCACCAUGGAAGCUAGGCCUUUUUCUUUUCACAUUUUCCUGUACUAGGUUAAUUCUGCUGGCCUGGUGUGUGGUUUGAGGUUAAAAAGCCAAGGCAACCGACGAAAGUGUAAAGGGUUUAAGAAGUUAAAAUAACAAGAAGAUAAGAAAAGGGAAGUUGUGUCUCAUAAUUGAUUUGGAUUUCAGGGGAGGUUCUGUUCAUGAGUUAAGAUGGGAUCUCUCUUUGUAUGUUAUUUUUCAGAAAGAUUGUGAUUAACCUCUUUGUUUUCAUUAUCUGUCAAUGGAAUUGUGAAUGAUGGAAUAAAUCUUAGUUUUACCCAC